AUGGAUAACGAAAUACCUUUUGUCGAGCGCCUCGGCAACAUUGUCGAUCCUAAAGAUCCCAAUGUUCCUUUAACACAACGCGCAGCACUCCUUGAAGAUCUUAUUGACGAAGUUAUUCAAGACGGAGCUCAUAUUGAAGAACGUGUUGGAGAUUUUGAACAAGUAUUAAAUCAUCUCUUAGAAACAUACGUACAACUCGCUAAUUCAGAAAAGUUCGCAACACUUCUUGAUCAUUUAGCAGAAUAUUUCACAAAAAUCCCAAAGGCUCGUACAGCUAAACUCGUCAGAAUUAUUAUUCAGGCACUCCGUAAAGUUCCUGGCACACUCGAGAUCCAAGCUGAUCUUUGCCAGAAAUGGAUUACUUGGGCAAAGGACCAGGAAAGAACAUUACUUCGCCAACGCUUAGAAACAGAGCUUUCUGAAAUUCUUCUCGAACAACAUAAAUAUAACGAAGCAAUUGAAAUUCUUCAACGCUUAACAGCAGAACUUAGAAAAGUCGAUCAUAAAUCUCAGUUAAUUGAGGUUCACCUUAUCGAAUCUCGUACAUUCAGAGGUUUAGGCGACUUCUCACGCGCCAAGGCUUCUCUCACAGCUGCUAGAACAAACGCAGCUGCUGUUUAUACAGCACCUCUUCUUCAAGGCCAAUUAGACUUAGAGAGUGGUAUUCUCUUUAACGACGAUGGCGAUUACAGAACCGCUUCUUCCUAUUUCGCGGAAGCUUUCGAUGCUUUUGCAAACGCAGGAGAUCCAUUAGCUCUUGACGCCCUCAAAUACCGCCUUCUCUGCCGCAUCCUUGACGGAAAGGCUUCUGAAUGCCCAGCGAUCGAGGCCGCCGCAGCCAUUUUCCUUCAAAAUUCAAAGAAUGCGAUUGUACAGAAAAACACACAGAUCGAAACAAUGUUAGAAAUAGCACGCGCUAGUGAAGCUAAGUCACUCCACGAUUUACUCGACGUUAUCAAAAAGAGAAAAGAUGACUUAAACGCCGAUCCUGUUGUGGCUUCAAACGUAAAGAACCUUAUCAACUCUCUCGAGGAGCAGCACUUACUCAGAAUCGUUAAGCCAUACUCUGCUGUACAACUCAGCAGAAUCGCAGAACUCAUUCACUUAGAUGUCGAACAGGUAGAGGCAAAACUCGUACAGAUGAUUCUCGACCAGAAGCUAAAGGCUUCAAUCAACCAGGCUGACGGAAUCUUAAAUAUUUUCGAGGAUGAAGAGGCAAAUGAAAUCUUAACGGAGUCUAUCGAUUUGAUUGAAAAUAUGGAUGGUGUUGUUGACGCACUUUACAACCGCUGCAAGUUAAUGAAUUAA